ACAAUGUGGCUGUUCUAACCAAUCUUUCCCCUAUAGCAAGAUCACCCUGAACUCUACUGUGAUAGAUACCAACCAGCGUGUUUCAUUGCACAUAACAGAGCAAUAAACAGUGGUAGCAGCAAGCGCAAGCUCAAACUACAACGACGUCAACUAAAACUCAAACUACAUCAACUACAACUACGUCAACUACUGUGAGGAUGUCAAAGGACACACCAUCAUUUGAUGGGACUGGUUAUAAACGGUACCGCCAGCUUGCUAAGAUAUGGGCAACUGUAUCAACGGUAUCAGAAGAACACAAAGCAAUGACGCUGAUCAUGUUUCUCAAAGACAAAGCAUUAGACAUUGCUCUAACCAUAGAUGAAGCACUUCUUAAGACCAAGAAGGCUGAUGCUGACCCACCUGAGACUAAAGUCGGUGUUGAGCUACUUAUAGCCAAGUUAGAUGAGAUUUACCUAGAGAGUGAUGAUACUCUUGGCAAAUAUGAAAGAUUUGAAAACUAAAGAAGAAACUCAGAACAGAGAAUGACUGAAUUUAUCCUGAUAUUCGAGAGUCUAGAACGAGAACUGAAGACAGAAGGAGUGACACUUCCUGAACUAGUGCUGGCCUAUAAAUUACUAAAAGCUGCCAAUCUGUCCAAUGCAGAUGAGAAGUUAGCUAGAGCCACUUGCACAGCUAUGACAAUGGAAGAUAUGAAGAAAUCACUCAUGAGAUUGGCUGAUUCCCAACUCAAUAAGUCCAAAGCAGAAGGAUCUGAUAGUCUUCCUAUUAAAGUGAAAGCAGAGCCAUGCUAUCUAGCUUUAGACGAUGGACAACUUCCAACAGAAGCUUUUGAAAAAGAGGCAACAGACUCAAAUGCUCUCCCAGAAGAGCAAGUAAUGUUCAAUAGGAACAGACCUGGAAACAAUGUUAGAGGAAAACAAAGACCUUUUGACCAGAGAAAUGACAACAGACAGGUUUGCUACGGGUGCUACUCUCCAGGACACUGGAUCAGAGACUGCCCUCUUAGAGCUCCUUUCAGACAGCAAAUGAACUUCCAAAGGCCGCCUUACCAACAACACACCAUGCCUUAUAACCAACGCUCAAUGAGGUACAUGCAACGCCCUAACAACCAACAACCAGGCUACAGACAAGGACCGCCCAACCCAGCCUAUUACAACCAGCAGAUUCCUUAUUAUCUAUCAGACAUGAUUCCCAACAAUGAAGAGUUUUACGGAUAUGACCAAGAAUACUAUGAAGAACCUACACCUACAGAGAAACCCAUAUUCUUCCAAUCCAACGUCGGUCAAGAAGAAGAAGCUGUUUUUCUAGUUGGAGAAACUGUCAAUAAAGCUUUGUUAGACUCAGGAGCAAGUAGAACAGUAGCCGGGGAAAACUGGUAUUCAUGCUUUCUAGAUUCUCUAGAUGAUGAGACAAGAAGCACUGUUAAAGAAUUCCCAGCAGAGCUAAUCUUCAGAUUUGGAGUAGGAACCCUAGAAUCUUCUAAGAAAGUGAUCAUCCCAGUCACAAUUUGUACCCACGAAAUUUGGCUUGAAGUACAUAUCGUUAACAGUGACAUACCUCUUCUAUUAUCUUUAAUGUCAAUGAAGAACAUGGGAGUACACCUUAAUUUCGAGACAGACACCGUUACUAUCCGUGGAGAAGAUUACAAGCUAGAGUUGACUGAAUCAGGUCACUAUGUGAUCCCAAUCAAGGAACAAAACGUGAAAUUUGAGUCAAUAUUGAUAGCUGAAGAAAGGUCCCAAGAGAUAAACUUGAAAAAGCAAGCAAACAAACUGCAUAAACGAUUUGCCCAUGCCCCCAUUGACAGAAUAGUCAAGCUACUAAAAAACGCUGGAGUAGAGGCUGGCAAGCUAGAAGCCCUAGAAGAGAACCUAAAGAAUCUUGAAAAAACUUGUGAGUUUUGCCUCACACACAAGAGAGCACAUCCCAGACCCAAAGUCUCUCUACCCAUGGCUAACUCUUUCAACGAACUGGUAGCUAUAGAUCUGAAACUGAUUGAAGGGAAAUGGAUCCUCCAUGCUAUUGACUACCUUACAAGAUUCUCAAGCGCUGCAGUACUGGAAAACAAGACCAGUGAUGAAGUAAUUGAUAAAUUCUUCACGAUUUGGAUUUCUAUGUUCGGACCUCCCCAAAGAAUUCUCAGUGACAAUGGAGGCGAAUUUGUAAGCUAUGCAUUUGAAUCUUUAUGUGAAAGCUUUGAUAUUAAACAAAUGACAACAGCCGCAGAGGCGCCAUUCUCUAACAGCGUUUGUGAGAGACAUAACAGCCUCAUUGGAGAUAUGACAGAGAAGGUAUUCUAUGAUGUAAAAUGCCCUCUCAAUGUGGCACUUAUGUGGGCAGUACAUGCCAAGAACACCCUUAUCAACAUACAUGGCUUCAGCCCUUAUCAACUAGUGUUUGGCACUAACCCUAACAUUCCAGGUGUAACCUCCAGCAAUCUUCCUGCUCUUGAAGGGACAACACCUAGCCAGAUUGUAGCAAAUCAUUUGAACAGCUUACACAAGGCCAGAGAAGCUUAUGUCAAAGUGGAAAACAGCGACAGGUUAAGAAGAGCACUAAUAGGACGGGUUUACGAAGGAACCCACCAAAGAUUCUUACCUGGAGACACUGUAUAUUUCAAAAGAACAAACACUAAAGAAUGGCAUGGUCCAGCGAAAGUCAUCGGACAAGACGGUACAAGCGUUCUUGUGAAAAAUGGUGGAUUACUGGUUAAAGUUCACCCAUGUAAGAUGGUUCUAAAACAAGAAGCAGAUGAACAGAUGAAUAGAAAAGAAAGAUCUCAAUCCAGAGCUCAAAAAACAAACUCUGAUCAUACUUCUACUCAAAAAGACUUUAACACUCCAAAUCUCGAUCCUGAAGAGAUAAGUGCUCAAGUAAUACCUGAGAUCCAAACCAUUACUAGAACGACAGAUCAAGAAGAACCACAGGAACCAACAAACAACCUACCUGGUGAAACUUCAGAGCCUACAAUAGUUGAAGUUGAAAACACUCCAGAACCAACUAUAGAGACAACUCCCAAAGAAGUGGAACAAACAAAGCAACCUCCAAAGGCAAGGAAACCUAUGAAGAACAAUCAAGGCUUGAUAACUGCAGUAAGUGAAGGAGACACAGUAGUAUUCCAAGAACCUGGUUCUGACACAUGGCACAAAGUUCAGCUUACGUCUAGAGGAUACACUGUCAACAGUAUUAACAAGAACUACUGGAAUGUCAUGUCAGAGGAUGGAAUAUUUGUUUAAAUUUUACAAAUUGCAUGAUAUUUUGGCCUUUGGGAUACGUGUACUUCUAAGUUGUAUAAUGCCUUGUAAAGUACAUUUUAAAAGUUACUUAGUAUUAGUAAUACUUUUGAAACUUUCAACAACUUUUAUACGUAUGUAUGUAUGUUUUUAAAAAUACAUGAUACAAAUUUUAUUGUUUUUAUUCAGC